AGGGCGGGAAUGUAGUGUCUAACUACGCCGUAGUCGCGCGAUCUCUUUUUCCAGAUUAGUAACACAGUCGAGCAAGUAACAGUCGCGAUUUUGAUGAGCUAAUAUGAAUAAAGAAAGAGCUGAAAAUGAUUACGGGUCUCACGCGGCCCUCGCUCCCUCUAAAGAGAAUUAUUACUCGACAAUCAAACAAGAUUUUCUGAAUAUUACAGCCCUGUCGAUGAGUAGCAGCAGUCUUUAUGACACUGGCGACAAGAGUUGGUCCAGGCCGAAGGAUUUCCACUUGGAACCGAUGUACAUCGAUGUGCUUGAGAGAUCCACUCCCAGAAAGUCUUCUCGCAAGAUGAAAUGUCUCGUGACGUGGAUGAUAAUUCUAACAUUGAUGUCACUAGCCUCUUUGGCGUUCACAGCAUUUAUCUUUUACACUGCUAGUUUUAGUAACGGUGGAACGUUUCUGGGGGAAGUGAAACCCUCAAGGAGCCCGGUAGAAAAUGAGAUCAUUGACAAAAUCAAUCAGCUCACCCAAAAUGUGACGUUUCUACUAGAGAAACUGGAAAACGUCAGCAAAAUUCCAGGACCAAGAGGCGCACAAGGAAGGAACGGAUCCGCCGGACCACAAGGUCCUCGUGGCUACAAUGGCACUAAUGGUAGCAAUGGAGCACGUGGUGCACCCGGGUUACCUGGACUUCCAGGGAAACCGGGAUUUAAUGGAACCCGGGGUUUCAACGGAACAAGAGGUUCACGAGGCCCUCCGGGUGUUCCAGGUCCAAGAGGGAUUGGAAACCUCAGCUCUUGUGUUCAUGAUUUUAAAAAGGAGAGUGCGACGCCUGGAAUAUCCGCCCAAAAUGACGUGCAAGUAAGGGACGUAUUGGGCAAGAAGAUUAUCAGUGCUGUUUGCUCAUCAAAUGAUGCCCUUACUUAUGGUCUUUCCAUCAAAAACGUAACCGAAGGUUACGUUUAUAAAUGCAUAUGCAGUGGAUCUCGGAACUCUAAUGCGAAAAGCAUGAUAUGCAGAAUUGAUUAUUGGUUAUGUGAGCUUUGAUGUUUUACCAUUUGCAUGAUUAUGACACGAUAUUUCCUUCUGAAAAUGUGCUUCAGCUAGAUCAGCAAUAAUAGAUUCAAGACUGUUCAGCUUCACAAGUCAAAAACAAUAUUCAAGACAUGAAUUUUACACAAUGAUGCUAGUUGGCAGAAGUAUUUCUAUUCUGAACGAAGCCCAAACCUAAAGGCAGACUAAGUGAUCACCACUGUCAUGAAAUUAAUAAGCAAAUUUAAAGUGAAAACGACAAAACCUGCAAAUUAACAAAAGAUAUCCGUUUGUGUAAUCGAUUAUAUUUUGUUGACUAAGAAAUUAUUUGCCCAACGCUAGGAGAAUAAGACAUUUCUCGACAAAAUAUCUGUAAAUUUCACUUACUAAAUAAUAUUGACCCAUUUCUUUCGCAUCGAAAAUCGCACGCGGACGUACACAUUUCUUUAUAAAAAACUGAAGUAUUUCCCUUGGAAAGCUUUGUCUGAAGGACGUUUAUGUCCAAUGCGUCCUAACUUCAUCGGACGAAAUUAAAGUCCCAAAACAAGAAAAUCCUUAACAAAA